CAAAAUGGGCUCAAAGUCUUCCAAACCCUAAACCCAUCAAAACCCUCGCCCUCUCGCGUCGCUCCCACUCCUCCCUCACCGAACCAAGCGCAGCUCCAUCCAUCCAUCCCCACGGCGAUGUCGUCUGCGGCGGCGGCUAGGAUCUUCCGCGGGUGCCGAGCCCUCAUGUCCUCCUCGGCGGCGGCGGGGGGGAAGAGGCCCGCUUCGGCUUCCGCGGCGGCGACGGCCCCGAAGGUGACGACCAAGGCGGACGCGGCGGAGGCGAAGGAGCUCCGCGGGAUCAUGCGGCCCGUGCCGGUCUCCGACGCCCUCCGCCGCUUCCCCGGCGGCGCCCCCGAGAUCUCCCGCGCCAACGCCAUCAAGAUCGUCUGGGCGCACAUCAAGGCCAACAACCUCCAGAACCCAGCAAACCGAAAGGAGAUUAACUGUGAUGAGAAGCUCAAGAGCAUAUUUUCUGGGAGGGACAAGGUCGGAAUGAUGGAGAUCUCCAGGCUGUUGUCCCCGCAUUUCAUGAAGACUAACUAAAGCAUCCAAGUGGAGCCAACACCGGGCGCUUUCUGCUUAGACCCUGUGUUCGGAAGCUUCUUUUGUGAUCCAUGUUAAGUCAAGGGUUCACUAGGUAGUAAGUCUAUGCGGUCAAAUUAAAGACUUCAGACUCUGUUUGAUGUUUAGGUUGGGUGUUCUACGAUGCAUGUAGAAAUGAUUACCUGUGUUUUGUGGUAUGUUGCUCCUGUGAUCCUGUGAGGGCGCCCUCAUGCACAUUUGUGUGGUUUAAUGUCUAGUAUGUUGGUGGCACUUUGCCCCAGUCAUAUAUCUAUGCUGGCCUGCUCGCAGGGAAUGGUUAAUUUUAGCAAGCAGGUUAUGGUCAAA